AUAUGCAUCUACAGGGGGGGGGAUAGUCGUUAAUGAUUAGCCAAAUGUAAACAAGAGACAGUCAAAUAUCAACAAGGCCGGCAAAAAUACACGGAAAGAAGCUGAACAAACCGUUUCAUUUUCAUAUGAAAUAAAUAUUGAGAAUAAGGAAGUGUUGGAGUGGUUAGAUCUCAAUUAGAAAGUCGAUUUCAAGGGUUAUUAAUAUGUCGUGAAAUUAUCUUUGCACAAAAGGCCGGAUACAUCAUACAUGGAUGAUUUAGAUGGGCCUGUUUUGGAGGAGAAUGAAGCAACCCAGAUCUUUUACGCCAAAUAUAAGCUUAAGGAAAAACUUGGAGCCGGCCUGUCGAGUGUUGUGAGAAAAUGUGUAGACAAAGCGACAGGUCAGGAGUAUGCGGUAAAAAUUGUCGAUAAGUUGGGUGAUCAUGGUGAUGCAGAUAUUGGAAAAGUAACAAAAAAUGAGGCGGAUAUUUUGGCAGCACUUUCUGGACAUAAAAAUAUCAUAUCGCUUGUUGAUUUUUUUGAGUCACCGACAUACUUUUUCCUUAUUUUUGAGCUUGCUGUUGGAGGAGAACUCUUUGAUCAACUGACCAAGGAUGUAACAUUCUCAGAGAAAAGAGCAAGGAAAGUUAUGUAUGAAAUUUUAACUGCUGUCCAGUACAUGCAUUCAAAAAGCAUUGUUCAUAGAGAUUUAAAGCCUGAAAAUAUUCUUCUCAAUGACAAAAUGAUGAUAAAACUAUCAGACUUUGGGUUUGCUAAAAAGUUGGAAGCAGGUGAAACACUCACAGAUCUAUGUGGUACUCUGGGUUACCUCUCUCCUGAAGUGCUUCGCACUAAUUUAUAUGAUGAUCAUCCUGGAUAUGGGUUUAAAGUUGAUCUUUGGGCAUGUGGUGUUAUUUUGUAUACUUUAUUGUCUGGAUGUCCGCCAUUUUGGCAUCGAAGGCAAGCCGUGUUGAUUCGUUCCAUAAUAGAAUGUCGCUAUCAGUUCAGCGGUGCAGAAUGGGCCGACAUUUCCGAUUCUGCAAAAGACUUGAUUUCAAAACUUCUUGUUUCUGAACCAGAAGAAAGAUAUUCCGCUGAUGACUGUCUUAAACAUCCUUGGCUGGAGGGUGUUCAAAUUUCAAGACCUGUGGCUUUUGUCGGGAGAACUAAACUUCGGGGAGUUUUGAUCGCCGUUCGGACGUGCCUUGCCUUGCGUCAAAUGGUCCUUGACACAACUUCACGGUCGAAAUGGCAAAGACUGCUCCGUACAAAGUAA